GAAACUGAGAGGAAAAUACCCUGCAAGAGGAACACCACCUGUUAUAUAUAUUCUCAUUUAAAAUUCAUUUUUGUUAUGUGUACCUUGGAAUUGAUGAGUUUAUUUAUCUAUGCUAUGCUAAUCAAACCGCGUUUUUGGUGUUUCACACUUGUUCUUGACAGAGUCACCCCCACCCAAGCCUAAAUUGCCCUCUUCCUCUUUCCUUCUGCACUUUUCUCUCUUACUCUUUUGCCUUCAAAGCUUUCAUCUUUUUGCUAUUUUCAUUUGCCUUAGAAUUUUAUUCUUUCAUUCUUCUCUUUUGUAAGCUCAGAGGUUGUUGUAAAGUUUUGCUCUUUUUCUGGGUUUUGAAGUUUUCCACUUCCACUCUGAAAUUCCACAAGGUGUUUGAUGUUGGUACUACCAUCAUAGGACUUCAUAAAUAUGGUUUUGAGGCUUUCUCUCUUUCUGGUUCUCCUUGUGUUACACAACUCCUGCACUGUGGAAUCCAUUUUUGAGCAUCUCAAUCAGAAUGAUCUCAAUGGAUCUUCUCUUGCGGCAGUCAAGUUUCCUGAUCAUGCACACUUCAAUGCUGAUUCUUCAUCCACGGAAACUGGGUGUAGUUUCUCAAAGUCAGAGAAAUUUGAGUCUUCUGCAGCAACCUUGGUAUCCAAUGAAGGCACUGAUGGUGAAAACGGAGAACCCUCUGUGGCAGCAGGACAGCACAAGCAAUCUGUGAAACUCAAUUUGAGACACCACUCAGAGAGCAAAGACGCUGAGCCUAAAAAGUCUGUGGUUGAUUCUACAGUGAGAGACUUGAAGAGAAUUCAGACCCUUUGGAGAAGGGUCAUAGAGAAGAAGAACCAAAACACAAUUUCAAGGCUGGAGAAAGCACAGGAGCAAUCAAAGAAGUUCUACAAGCCGGAGGUGGCUGCUCCGGCGGCCACGCCGGAGUAUUUCUCCGGUCAGCUUGUAGCAACCUUGGAGUCAGGGGUGAGUCUUGGCUCUGGUGAGUACUUCAUGGAUGUGUUUGUUGGCACACCUCCUAAGCAUUUUUCUCUGAUACUUGAUACUGGUAGUGAUCUUAAUUGGAUUCAAUGUGUUCCUUGUUAUGCUUGUUUUAAGCAAAAUGGACCGUAUUAUGAUCCUAAGGAUUCUAGUUCUUUUAAGAAUAUAACUUGUCAUGAUCCAAGGUGCCAAUUGGUGUCAUCCCCAGACCCUCCUCAGCCUUGCAAGGCUGAGACUCAAAGCUGUCCAUACUUCUAUUGGUAUGGGGAUAGUUCCAACACAACUGGGGAUUUGGCAAUUGAAACUUUCACUGUGAAUCUCACCACCCCUAAGGGAAAGUCUGAACUGAAGCUUGUUGAGAAUGUCAUGUUUGGUUGUGGCCAUUGGAAUAGAGGACUUUUCCAUGGGGCUGCUGGAUUACUAGGCUUGGGGAGAGGGCCAUUGUCAUUUGCUACUCAGCUACAAUCCCUUUAUGGUCAUUCCUUUUCCUAUUGCCUUGUGGAUAGAAACAGCAAUUCAAGUGUUAGUAGCAAGUUGAUACUUGGUGAGGACAAGGAGCUACUCAGCCACCCCAAUUUGAAUUUCACUUCUUUUGUUGGUGGCAAAGAGAAUCCUGUUGACACAUUUUACUAUGUUCAGAUAAAGUCUAUCAUGGUUGGUGGUGAGGUGCUGAAGAUUCCAGAGGACACUUGGCAUUUGACAGCACAAGGUGGUGGAGGUACAAUUAUUGAUUCUGGCACCACUUUGACUUACUUUGCUGAACCUGCUUAUGAUACAAUCAAGGAGGCAUUCAUGAGGAAAAUCAAGGGCUAUCAACUCGUUGAAACGUUUCCCCCUCUAAAGCCAUGCUACAAUGUUUCUGGAGUUGAGAAAAUUGAGCUGCCAGAAUUUACAAUCUUGUUUGCUGAUGGAGCUGUCUGGGAUUUCCCUGUGGAGAAUUACUUCAUCCAGAUUCAACCUGAAGAUGUCGUUUGCUUGGCUAUUUUGGGGACUCCCAGGUCUGCACUUUCCAUAAUCGGAAACUAUCAGCAGCAGAAUUUUCACAUACUGUAUGAUGUGCAGAAAUCAAGACUUGGAUAUGCACCAAUGAACUGUGCUGAUGUUUGACAUCUUGUUAGUGGUGGAAAACAAAAUGUAUAGGAUGAACAUGGCAAUUCUUGGGGUUGAUUUUUUUUCUUUUCAUUGGGUUUUCCCAUUGAUGGACACUAGAAAGUGAUAUACACAGAAGACAGAAAAGAAAAUCAGGUUUUGUUUCUUCAGGUGGUAUAGUACUAGUCCUAGGUAAUUUACAGGAACAAGGACAUUACAAACAUAAAUGCUUCAUUGUUUUGUACACAUUUAACUGCUUCAA